CCACCUUCCAGCACCUUUGGUUGCUGGAAGAAAGAACAGGAUGGAUCUGGUGCUGAGAAAAUACCUUCUCCAUGUGGCUGUGAUGGGUGCUUUUCUGACUGUGGGGGCCACAGAAGGACCCAGAGACCGGGAUUGGCUUGGUGUCUCAAGGCAGCUCAGAACUAAAUCAUGGAACAGGAAGCUUUAUCCAGAGUGGACAGAAAUCCAGGGGUCUGACUGCUGGAGAGGUGGCCAGGUCUCCCUGAAGGUCAGCAAUGAUGGGCCUACACUGGUUGGGGCAAAUGCUUCCUUCUCUAUUGCCCUUCAGUUUCCUAAAAGCCAAAAGGUACUGCCAGAUGGACAGGUCAUUUGGACCAACAACACCAUCAUCAAUGGGAGCCAGGUGUGGGGAGGACAGCCAGUGUAUUCCCAGGAACCUGAUGAUACCUGCGUCUUCCCUGAUGGGGGGUCCUGCCCAUCUGGCCCCUCAUCUCGGAGGAGAAGCUUUGUUUAUGUAUGGAAGACCUGGGGCCAAUACUGGCAAGUUCUGGGGGGCCCAGUGUCCGGGCUGAGCAUUGGGACAGGCACAGCAGUGCUGGGCACACACACCAUGGAGGUGACUGUCUACCACCACCGGGGGUCCCAGAGCUACGUACCCCUCGCUCACUCCCGCUCAGCUUUCAUCAUUACUGACCAGGUGCCCUUCUCCGUGAGCGUGUCUCAGCUGCAGGCGUUGGAUGGAGGGAACAAGCACUUCCUGAGAAAGCAACCUCUGAUCUUUGCCCUCCAGCUCCACGACCCUAGUGGCUAUUUGGCUGGGGCUGACCUUUCCUACACCUGGGACUUUGGAGACAGUACUGGGACCCUGAUCUCUCGGGCACUUGUGGUCACUCACACUUACCUAGAGCCUGGCCCAGUCACUGCCCAGGUGGUGCUGCAGGCUGCCAUUCCCCUCACCUCCUGUGGCUCCUCCCCAGUUCCAGGCACCACAGCCAGGCAAGUGCCUACUGCAGAAGUCGUAGGUACUACUCCUGGUCAGGUGCCAACUGCAGAGCCCUCUGGAACCACAGCUGUGCAGGUGCCAACCACAGAGGGCACAGGCACUACACCUGAGCAGGUACCAACCUCAGAAGCCAUAGGUACCACACCUGCAGAGAUGCCAACUGCCAAGGCCAUAGGCACCACACCUGAAGUGCCAGCCGCAGAGCCCUCUGGGACCACAGCUGCACAGGUGACAACUACAGAGUUGGUAGAGGGCACAGCUGGAGAGGCACCCACCCCUGAGCCUGAGGGUCCAGAUACCAGCCCAUUCAUGCCUACAGAAGGGAUUACAGGCUCCCAGAGCCCUCUGCUGGAUGGCACAGCUGCCUUAAUCCUGGUGAAGCGGCAAGUCCCCCUGGAUUGUGUUCUGUAUCGAUAUGGCUCUUUUUCCCUCACCCUGGACAUUGUCCAGGGCAUUGAGAGUGCUGAGAUCCUGCAGGCCGUGCCAUCCAGCGAAGGGGAUGCAUUUGAGCUGACUGUGUCUUGCCAAGGCAGACUACCCAAGGAAGCCUGUAUGGACAUCUCAUCGCCAGGGUGCCAGCCCCCUGCCCAGCGGCUGUGUCAGCCUGUGCCACCCAGCCCAACCUGCCAGCUGGUUCUGCACCAGGUACUGACGGGUGGCUCGGGGACCUACUGCCUCAAUGUGUCUUUGACUGAUACCAACAGCCUAGCAAUGGUCAGCACCCAGCUUGUCAUGCCUGGUCAAGAAGCAGGCCUCGGGCAGGCUCCCCUGUUCGUGGGCAUCGUGCUGGGGCUGAUGGCUUUGCUGCUUGCAUCUCUGAUAUAUAGGCGCAGACUCGUGAAGCGGGGCUCGGAUCUCCCCGUCCCCCAGCUGCCACACGGUAGAACCCACUGGCUGCGUCUACCCUGGCUCUUCCGCUCUUGCCCCAUUGGGGAGAGCAGGCCCCUCCUCGGUGGGCAGCAGGUCUGAGUACCCUCAUGUGAUGUCAUGAUUUACCCAGGGGGGGACAGCAAUGUCUGUCUUUUCCCCAGUCUUCCCUUGGAGACUACCAUUGCCUGAAAUAAACACUCAGAACCCG